AUGCUGCCUUUCAACAGCGAUGCUGGAGGUGCUGCUACUACUACUGCUGCUGCCACGUCCAGCAGUGUGCAAGAUCCGUUUACGCAAGUAUCAUGCAUGAGAAGUGUACGACCACGGCUACAACCGCAUGUUCAGCCCAAGCCAGCCGAUAUCCUGAACAAUAUGAAUGCUCGUCCGCCUCCUGCUCCUGUGCCGGACGCAUGGUUCCAUGCAUACUAUUAUGAACUCAAUCAGCGAAUUGGUGAGCCGUUCAAAGGUGGCACGUCGCAUGUCAUCGUUGAUGGUUUCUGUGCACCGUCUCAAGCGGAAAGGUUUUGUCUGGGAGCGCUGGGCAAUGUAAAUAGAAAUCCUGGAGUUGUCAAUGCCAGGCGUCAAAUUGGUAAACUUUUGUGUUUAUUGAUUGUUCAUGCCAGAGCGUAG